AUGGCACCCAUAGAAUCGAAAACCACGGUGGCCGUCUCAGAUGAGGAGGAAGCAGUUGGACAGUUGGAUCAAGGACUUCCUGCUUGGACGGUCGUCUUUGGAGCAUGGUGCUGCCUUUUUUGCGCUUUUGGCUGGGUGAAUGCCAUUGGCAUUUUCCAAGAGCACUACCAGAAUAAUCAAUUACAGUCCUAUUCAGCGUCCAGCAUCUCCUGGAUUUUAUCUUUGGAGCCAUUUGUACUCUUUGCGACUGGAAUUGUCAUUGGAAGAGUAUUCGAUAAUUAUGGCCCAAAAUGGCUUCUUCUUAUUGGAACAUGUCUUCACGUCUUUGGUAUUAUGAUGAUCUCCAUAUCGACGGAGUACUACCAAUUCUUGCUAGCCCAGGGAAUCUGCAGUCCUCUUGGUGCAAGCUUUGUCUUUUUGUCCGCACUCUCCUGUACCGCGACAUGGUUCGAGAAACGACGUGCCUUGGCCUUUGGAAUAGUUUCCAGCGGCUCAUCACUGGGUGGCGUUGUAUUCCCAAGCAUGUUAUCUCGACUUUUGCCUAGUAUUGGGUUCGGAUGGUCACUGCGUAUCUCUGGAUUCAUCAUCCUCACACUCCUGGUCACUGCCAACUUGACCGUCCGAUCGAGAAUAAGGAAUGUUCCACGGCCAGUGAAACUGAAUGAUUAUACGAGUCCAUUUUCCGAGCUACCGUUUGUCUUGCUUGUGCUGGCAUCCUGCUGUGGAUUCUUCGCCAUGUUCGUGCCAAUCAGUUACAUUGUCGUCGAAGCUCAGGAGGACGGUGUCAACGGCGACCUAGCCGGGUACUUGUCAACUAUACUUAAUGCUGCCAGUCUCCCUGGUCGAAUCCUACCAGGCUACCUAGGAGACAAACUAGGCCGAUUCAACGUCAUGAUUGCCAUGUGCUCAUUAUCCGCCAUUGUGAUCCUAGCCUUAUGGCUUCCAGGUACCCUUCUUGCCCCAGGCAGUGCGGCCAUCUAUAUUGUAUUUAGCAUGCUAUAUGGAUUUGCAUCGGGUGCAUUUGUCGGUAUGGUACCGGCCCUGCUAGGCCAGAUCUCGCCCGACGUGACCAAGAUUGGUGAAGUCCCAUUGCUGGAGCCAUCUUGA